CCAGCACCACCUCCAACUCCCACAGGGGGCUCCCCGGCAGUAUCCAGAGUCACCAUCGAUGAGGAGGUGCCCCAGGUUGGGACUGGGGCUGACUCUUUGGGGAAGAUCUGACAACUGGAGUGGAGAAAAUGGAAAGAGCUGAGGUCAUCCUCUGCUGGGCUGAAUUCUUGACAUCCGUUAUUGACGGUAUUAAGGAUGCCAAGUCCUGUGAAAGUGAGAUGCUGUCGUAUGAAAAAGACAAGGCUGUGGACGCCGUACUGGAGAGUGAGAUGUGGCAGAGAAUGGAAGAGGAUGACCAAGCGCAGGCUCAGUCAAAACCUGACUGCCAAAAGUUGCGAAGAGUCUGCAGAUGCUGCAGAAAGUUCUUUAAGACCUCCCCCAGCAGUGACUCCGAAAAGGGCAAGCCCCCCAGAGGGAGGUUCUGGCCACGAAGCAAGCGGGUUGAGCCGACUCCAGCGCCACCUCCAACUCCCUCAGGCGGCACCCCGGCAGUCUCGGGAGUCACCAUCGGUUUGACAACUAUCCAGGAGGAAGUGGACAGAGCUGAGGUCAUCUUCAGCUGGACCCAGUUCCUGUCCACAGUAAUAGAAGACGUCAAAGACAUCAGGUUGCAGGGUGGUCAGCUUCUGACCUAUGAUAAGGAUGAGGCUGUGGAAGCCGUACUGGAAAUUAUGGAGGAUGUCAAAAAGCAUCCGGAACCUGGGUUCCUGCUGCGGUUAAGCCUGGACGCCGUCACGGAACUCACCAAAAUGAAGCCGCCUAUGCCCUUCAAUCUCAAGGCAGCAGUCCUCAACGUGGCGGUGUCCGGGCUGAACCAAGUGGACCCAGGGACCCAGGAGAACAUGGCAUCCUUUAAGAAGAUGCUCAGGGGGCUGCUGGAGGAGGCCCCCUCUGUCUACAGCACCAUUGGCAUCUUGAAGGAGCUCCACAGGUAUAUUGAAUCAGAGGAGCCCCGGCUGCAGGCUCUGGGCCGAGAAGCCUACGUCUACGUCCUGCAGCAUGUGGCCAGACUGCCCAAUGUGGAACUGACCACACACAAGGCUCUCUUGCGCAUUGAAGAUGACUUGACUCAUCAUUUGAUUCAAAGCACCAUCAGAGAUGGUCUUGUCCUGGAGGACUUCAAUGAGGAGGAGGAGUCUGCUAAUUGUAUGAGUAUCAGAAUGGAGCGGGUGGGAGUGGUUGAAUAGCCAUUUGAGCCGGAGACUCAAUCUUUUGUCUUUUUCUUUGGUUUUCUAGGCUGAGAGAGAACAACUACUCCAACAAUAAUAGAACUUGGUUACCCAGUGGCAGUAGAUUCAGGACAGACUGCUUUGCACAAUGCAUCUUUAUGUUGCGGGAUUCCCUUCGAGAUGUCGGGAGUGCCACUGGCUUCGCUUAAGAAUUACGCCAAUUAAUGGAAGAUAGGUCUGUCGAUAGACAGGUGAGCUCUGGGGAGCCCGGUGAAGGAUUGCAGGUAUCCCUCUGAGGGAAUGGAUGCUGAGGAAAAACAGAAGAAAGAACAGGGAAAGGCGGAGAGGACUUGCCCCAGCUUGUGGCCCAUUUUAUCCUCCGAUGCCAAUCUCUGGAAAAAAGAUACUUUCCCCCUGCUUAGUUGCCUAUGUGCCGUGAGCGUCUGGAGUUGCUUCUUGUGAAUGGGUUGGUUGGUGGGUUGGGUAUUUUCCGAUCUCCCCUUUAUGAUACUAGUUGGAAAGAAAGUCACUUCUGCUGUAUUAGAUUGACUGGCCUGGAUCAUGUGACGUUCUUUCUUUCUUUCUUUCAUGACAGGCUAGAACUACUGAUGGAUGGGCUAACAGUCCAAAUUCCAAAACAGCCAUCCCAGUUCCUAGAGGAAAGGUCUCUCUCUCUCUCUCUCUCUCUCUCUCUCUCUCUCUCAUUUUAUUGAAUGUAAGUACAAAUAGCUGGCUCUUUCUUUCAGGUUUGAGGUCAUUCAGUAAUAAGUCUUCCCCAACGCAAACUCUUUUGAGGGUUACAAUUUUAUGUUUUGUUUCCCCCCAGUGUUAUAGUAGUGUUGCUUGUCAAAGUGAAAGUGGCUCUCAUAUGGAAACCCUGACACCUUCCGUGCACACGUAAGAACAGGAUCACUGGUUCGUGUUCCCAUAUGGAAGUGUACACAAACAUUGAAUGCAGCUCUAAACCAGCCAGGAUCCACCAAGCCAAGUGUCGUCAUAUACGUUGGCCCACCCGGCCUCAAUGAACCUCCUGUCUUGGCUGCUGUCUUUGACUCAGCAGAUCCCCAUUUCUGUCAUCCUGAUUCCAUCCCUUCGGUCUUGUGUUCCAGACAGCAAUCGUGUGUAGGAUCUGUAAAGCUUUUGCUCAAAUUCCAAGCACAGUGGUCUCACCCUACAGACACCCUUCAGGUUACUCCUGAAAUGGGAAACAUGUUCUUUGGCUCUAAUUUCAUUUUCUGACAUUAGAAACCGGAUAGAUCCAAUUUGGAAGUAUUUAUUUUUUAUAAUUUAUUCGAUUUCUAUACCGCCCUUCCAAAAAUGGCUCAGGGAGGUUUAAACAGAGAAAUAAUAAAUCAAUAAGAUGGAUCCCUGUCCCCAAAGGGCUCGCAAUCUAAGAAGAAACAUAAGACAGACACCAGCAACUGUCACUGGAGAUACUGUGCUGUGGGUGGAUAGGGCCAGUUACUCACCCCCGCUAAAUAAAGAGAAUCACCAAGUUAAAGGUACCUCUUUGCCAAGUUAGCAGGAGAAGCUAUAUUACUUCUAAUGUGAAAAAGGUACAUGAUACAGAAACCCAAUAUUGAUGCAAUGCAAAUAAUUCAUGGGAUGGCAAAAUGGGUUUUUAUUAUGAACAUUUUGCCUUUCCAUUAUCAAAAUGAUGUGGUCGCUAAGAGUUGACACCGACUUGACAGCACUCCAUCCAUCAAUCACAUGCGUGCCACAAAGAAGCAGUUCUUUUCUGCCCGCAUUGCUUCUGCAAGCUCACGUUCAGCAGAGUUGUCUCGAGUUGUGAAAGGGUUAGUACAUGACCCUCCUCCCUUGAAUGAGUAUUUGGAUCCAUCAGUUACCCACUUUGACAUUUUAAACGAGAUGUUUGCAGAUAAAAACUCUCUUCAUCCAAUGGAACAGACUCUACAGGUAGUGCAGAGCCUACUGUGGAGGUGUCCGGCAGCUCCUCUUGCACAGUGAAAUUGGAUCAUUUUCCAUUUGUGAGCACGGAGGAUGUGGACAAGCUGCUUGGGAGACUUCACUUGACAACCUGUUUUCUUGAUCCUUGCCCAACAUGGCUUAUACCAUCUAGCAAGGAGGUGAUGGGAUUAGGUCUUGGAAGCAUCAUUAAUGCUUCUCUGAGGAAGGGCAGGAUGCCUCCUUGCCUCAGGAAGGCCAUGAUUAGACCACUGUUGAAGAAACCUGCAUUGGAUCCCAUUCUAGGCCUGUCUCCAACCUCCCAUGGUAGGGCAAGGGGAUUGAGAGGGUAGUGCCAUCUCAGCUCCAGGAGUCUUGGAAGAAGGAGAUGAUCUGGGCCCAUUUAAAAAGGGCUUCCGGGUGGGCUAUGGGGUUGAGAAGGACUUGGUUGGCCUGUUGGGUGAUCUCCAAUUGGGAAUUGACAGGGGGAGUGUGAGCCUGUGGAUCCUUGUGGAUGUCUCAGCCGAUCCUUUUGAUAUCAGUAGAUCAUGGCACCUCCUGGAGCGCCUGAAGGGAGAGGGGUAGGGAGUGAGAGGCACCACUUUGCGGUGGCUCCACUCCUACUUCUCAUAUAGGUCCCAGAUGCUGUUGAUUGGAGAUUGUUGCUCUUCCAAAGGAGAGCUAUUGUAUGGGGUUGCACAGGGCUCCAUUCUAUCUCCAAUGCUUUUUAAUAUCUACAUGGAACAGUGCGGGGAAAUCGUCUGGGAUUUGGAGCAGGGUGUUAUCCAUAUACUGACACACAAACCUCUUUCUCCAUCUCAACUUCAUUAGGUAAUGGCCUAACUUCCCGAAAGACUUACCUGGAGUCCGUGAUGAGCCGGAUGAGGGAGAACAAACUGAGGCUCAAUCCAAGGAAGACAAAGCAUUUUUCACCAACUACGAAUGAAAAGAUUCCUCAGCCAAUGCGCACACUACACUGUGCUGCCAAUAGAGUGUGGCCCGUGAAGCUCGUCACUCCCACCCUGAUAUCUCUACUGCCUAAAGUCCACAAAAAAGUCUCGGUCAUCAGCUCUGAUUCCAAAAAAGCUGACUUGGGUAUCUACAAACCUUAAGUCUGCACAGUGACUUCCAGGCCAAGACAGGGAUCAUUACCAUCCCAACAUAGACUCGAGAGACCGCUCCACUCCCAACAAGGGAGACCCCAGAGAAGUCACACCAAGAUCACCCUCCGAUCCUGAAGGUGACAUCGACAAAGCACAUAUGGAGGAUGAUACCAUCAAGACUAGCUGGUCUUCUCAAGACCGGCCGCCUCCGGACUGAAAAGAGUCUCCUGCACGAUACCAAUGAUCUAGAAGAGACCCUACGUGAUACCAACGCUCUCCGGGCCAGAGGGAAUCCCCUCACCAUCUGUACUCUCCAAAACACUAUCCCAUAGGAUUCGGCAUAUUGCUACUGAGAACCUCGACACUGAGACUACUCUCCAUCUGAUCAUGCCUGAUCGUUCCACUAACUUCUUCGACGACAGAUCUGGCAUUGGUGAUAGAGGACGCUAUCUUCACCCUUGCUCUUGGGCUCCACAUCGAAACCAAUAUCCGGGGAGAUUGGACCAUCCAGACGCUCGGUCCCAAUCACAUUCUCCUCAGCACUGCCGGUCUUGGUCUCAGUCAAGAGAUCAAAGAACUCAACCACCUAAGCAGCCGGACCUUGACCCUCUACCACCAAAUUCCUGAACUGAAGAAUCCGCCUCAGAGGAAGAUGCUGAAACAGCUCUGGACAUCGCAUGGGGUUCCACACCUUCCGAUCCAAUUGGAGAUCCCAGGCCUCUGUCUCCCUCGGAGUACCUGAAGCUCUUUCAGCACCUGGAGCCAAGAAAGGGAGGGCUAAACUGAAUAGCAUGCCCUACCAUUUUUGAAAAAUGCUGGAACCCAACUUGCCCUCAUACAUACAAAAAAGGAUAUUCCCAAAGAGGUGUUAAUUCUCUUGGAAGGGUCAAUCAUGUGGAGCUUUGACUGCAAGAGGAUAGAUGGCAGAAGAAUGUUGUUCAGAGCUGUGUAGUUAUUGGGACAAUUUUCAGCAUUUUUAAAGUGCCAAAAUGUCUUCAGAAUCCGCUUACAGAAUUCAGCUUCUUGAGUCUCAGCUUUCUGUCCCUCUUUGAA